AUGACUUCGCCGGCGGUGGCCGCCGUCGAUCUGAUCAGCGGCCUCAGCGACGACGUGCUCCUGCUCAUCCUCGGCUUCUUGCCGGCGGCGAGUGACGUGGCGCGGACAUCCGUGCUGUCGACGCGGUGGCGCCACCUCUGGGCGCUCUCCCCGGCGCUCCGGUUCGCCGUCGGGCCGCUGUCCGACGCCGACGUCGCCGCCGCACGCCGGCUCGUCCCGGCCGUCGAAUCCGUCCUCGCGCGGCGCGACGCCGGCGGCGGCGCCGACGCCGACGUGAAGGACCUGGAGAUCUCCUUCCCGCACGACCGCGCCGCCGCGGACGACAUCAUCACGCCGGCGCGCGUCGCCGCGUGGCUCCGCUUCGCCGAGCGCCGCGUCACGGGGGCGUUCACGCUCGAGCUGCCAUUCGAGCUGGACAUGUUCGGGCGGAGCCGGAGGCUCCUCCCCCACGCCGAGCUCCCGCGCUCGGCUAGGUUCACGGCGAUGCGCCUCGCGCUCGGCGGCGCGGACCUCGCGGUCCCCCCGGCCAUCGCCGCCGCGCGCGCCGCCGCGUUCCCGGCUCUCACCGACGUCCACCUCAGCCACGCGCGCCUCGACGUCGGCGCCCGGGGCGACGACCUCCGCCUCUGCAACCUCCUCUCGUCGUCGUGCUGCCCCCGGCUGCGGCGGCUGCGGCUCAGCCACGUCGGCGGCCUGCCCACGCUGCGCCUCGACGCCGCCGCGACGCUCGAGGAGCUCCACCUCCGCCACCUCACCGGCACGUGGUGCCUGCAGGUGGACGCGCCGGGCCUCCGGUCGUUCGCCGUCGAGGAGACGCGCCUCUACUUCGGCCCGGAGCCGGAGGCGACGACGAGGAUCGCCGCGCCGAGGCUGGACGCGCUGACGUACAGGUACAGCGACCCCGGCGGCGAGACCAACCUGCGGUUCAACGGCGGCCGCGUCGAGGAGCUCCGCCUCGCGUCGCACGCCGUCCAUGGCGGCACCAACAACGCGGUGGCCGCGUGGUUUCUGCGGCAAUGCGCCGCCGCCGCCGAUCGGCUCGACGUCGAACUGACAGUGCCAGUGGGCAAGCUGAUCAUAGAUCAUGAAGAUAUAAUGAAAGAUAUACCAGAACUUCUCAACGUUACCGACUUAAGAAUAAAUGUGGAGGCAUCAAUGAGUCCACAUAGAGCUGGGGCCAGCCUAGCCAAGCUCAUUGCAAAGUGUUGCAAAGCUGAAUGUCUCUCUAUUAAUAUCAGCGACCAGGGACGUAAUCAGUGUGUGAAUUCUAUGUGUAUCUGUGACCAACCAGAGGGUUGGGAGAAGGAAACGAUCUCUCUUGAGUGCCUUCGAAUUGUGGAGAUCAGUAGCUUCCUACCUUGCAAGGACCAGAUACGUCUCAUGCAUCUGCUACUAGCAAGUGCGCCGGUGCUGGAGAGGAUGACCGUAACAAUCUACAAGCAAUAUGAAGACGCCAAGGAUUUGGAUCUUGGAAUCCUCGGUUUUAGGGGGAGAUGGUCAUAUUCUGGCCCAGAAUAUCAUCGCUCUGGUUUUAGUGUUCGUUAUGAGUGGACGCCGAGCAAGAGGAGGAAAGUGGUCGAGAUGAACCAGGAGGAGGGGAAGCUUUGA